AUGGUGCCUUUCCUGCGGAUGCAUAGCCCGCACACCCGGCAGCCGAUCAGUCGCCCGGGGUAGUCUCGGAUCUGCUUCUUCCAGGCGUCUCUUCCCGACUGCAUCCUCUUGGCUCUGUCGAUUGUCCACCUGCCUCCCCAAGUUCCAUUACCGCCGCUCCUCUGCGCUGCCGUGUGCAUCCCUCACCCAUCUCCCUGCCGCGAUCCACAACCGCCUCCUGCCAAAAUGAAGAUCAUCCGUAUCAACGACUCCUCCGAGUUUGACUCUACCGUUAGCCAGGCCGUUCUGGACAACCCCACAAGCCAUGUCUUUGUGUUGCUCUUUGGAACGGAGGAGCCCCAGACCGGCGAAUCCUGGUGCCCCGAUUGUGUUAUUGCCGAUCCCGUCGUUCGAAGACAUAUCAGCAAAAUCCCGGACUCUAUCCUGAUCGAGGUCCCUGUCGGUCCCCGUCUGGAGUUCCGCAAGCCCGACAACUUCUACCGAAACCACAAGUCGCUCAAUCUUACCGCCAUCCCGACCCUCUAUCUCUGGAAGCAGAGCGGCCCCGCCAAGUCCCUCGUCGAGGUGGAGUGCGCUGACGAGUCCAAGUGGGCCGAAUUUGUCAAGGAGCUGUAGCGCAUCGCCUAUCCCUCGGCCGCUCCUCGGCCAUCCUAUCGUGUUGCGUUCGUACUGAGCGUGAGCUGUCAUCCAUACAUCCCCGUUGCAACCGCAUCGAAGCAAGCCUCGCCCUCGCUCUGUUUGGAAGAAUCAACCAGAGGCCACUCUAGAGGCCUGGUGCUUCACCACCCGGCGCUGCGAGUACGGAUGGAAUCGGGGCUGUAUAAUGCAAAUCGACAAAAUGUAUUCAGG